CCACAGAGGCUGCCAUCCGAGCAACGGCCUCCCGUGUCUUGUCAGCCAGCGAAGGGGUGGGUGGGGGUGGAGGUGGCCCAGCUGCCUUCUUGCAGGUGCCUUGAAGUUUCUGGCAGAGCUGGACUUGGCUGCAGCCGCCGAGCAGCGGUGGUGGCUCAGGGAAAGGGCAGCUGAGGCCGGAAAGAAGCGCUGAGGCAUUCUUGCCAAGUGGGCAGUCUUGGGCUGUGUUUUAUCAAUACUGCAUGCAGUUGACGGAAUUGCUGGCUGGGCUACCUUGCUGCAAGCACCCUCUGCUGCACCCUCUCCCAAGAAGCCUGCAUCCGACAGCAGCUGGUCCGGGAAGAUCUGCUUUGGAAGCCCCUGAUGUGCUUCUUGCAUGCCUCCUCUCUCUCCCUGCUCCGGUCCUGAAGGAAGGCCUCCGGCUGCAAUGAUGGAUGUGAAGGCCAGUGGCCACUUAACCAGAGUUUAGGCUGCUGUUGCCGCCACAAUGGCAACCGUUUGUGGGUCCUGAUUGAUUGCUGGCCGGCCGGGAGGUCCAUGCCUUCUGGAAAUCGGGCCGAAGACGCCUUUGUGGACGCACCCCAAUUCCCCCUCCGAGACUCCUCCCUUCUGCUUCGCUCACCAUGGGCGGCUGCUUCUCCAAGCCAAAGCCAGUUGAAGUGAAGAUUGAGGUGGUGCUGCCGGAGAAGGAGCGAGCCAAAGAGGAGAUGUCACCCAACGGGAAAGCGAGCCCCAUCAUCUACAAAGCCAACGGGACUUCACGGCAUUACCAGCUGGAGGAACACCCCAUGGUCAUCUAUCCAUACCGGAACCUGAAGGAUGUGGUUGAAGCCUCCGUCUGCCACGUGAAAGACCUCGACAACGGACAGAUGCGAGAAGUAGAUUUGGGCUGUGGCAAGGCCCUGCUGGUGAAGGAAAAUGGAGAAUUUUAUGCUAUGGGCCACAAGUGUCCUCACUAUGGUGCUCCAUUAGUCAAAGGGGUUUUGUCCAAGGGCCGCCUCCGCUGCCCCUGGCAUGGGGCUUGCUUUAACAUUGGCACCGGCGAUAUUGAAGACUUUCCCGGCUUGGAUAGCUUGCCCAAGUUCCAGGUGAAAAUCGAGAAGGAGAAGGUAUACAUCCGAGCAAGCAAACAGGUUCUUCAGUCACAGCGACGGACCAAGGUGAUGGCCAAGUGCAUCUCCCUGAGCAACUACAGCAUCAGCAGCACAAAUGUCCUCAUCAUCGGGGCAGGUCCUGCUGGACUGGUCUGUGCUGAAACGCUACGGCAGGAAGGUUUCUCGGACCGAAUUGUGAUGUGCACGAUGGAUAGAAAUCUGCCCUAUGACCGGCCCAAGCUAAGUAAGUCGAUGGAUUCCCAUCCGGACCAGAUUGCUUUGCGCCCCAAAGAAUUCUUUCGUACGUACGACAUUGAGGUCCUGACGGAAAUGCAGGUUGUGGCCGUGGACGUCAAGAACAAGACAGCUGUGUUCAAGGAUGGGUUUAAGAUGGAGUAUAACAAACUGCUGCUGGCAACUGGAAGCACGCCCAAACCCCUCAGCUGUAAAGGCAAAGACGUGGAAAACGUUUUCAAUAUCCGGAUGGUGGAAGAUGCCAACCGCGUGGUGAAGCUGGCUACUAGCAAGAAUGUGGUCAUUGUGGGAGCCUCUUUCCUGGGGAUGGAGGUGGCGGCCUACUUGACUGAGAAGGCCCAUUCGGUCUCUGUGGUGGAGCUGGAAGAGGUCCCUUUCAAGAAGUUCUUUGGGGAGAGGGUUGGACGCGCUAUUAUGAAGCUGUUUGAAAACAGCCGGGUGAAAUUCUACAUGCAGACUGAAGUCUCGGAGCUGCGGGAACAGGAGGGCAAGCUAAAGGAGGUGGUACUGAAGAGUGGGAAAGUCCUCCGUGCGGACGUCUGUGUCGUAGGCAUAGGUGCCACACCAGCGACGGGCUUCUUGAAGCAGAAUGGCAUUAAUGUGGAUUCCAAGGGCUUCAUAGUGGUAAAUAAGAUGAUGCAGACCAACACGCCGGGGGUUUUUGCAGCCGGUGACGCGGUUGCAUUUCCGCUGGCACUGCGGAAUAACAAGAAGGUGAACAUUCCUCAUUGGCAAAUGGCUCAUAUGCACGGACGCAUUGCUGCACUCAACAUGUUGGCUCACGGGACAGAAAUCAGCACCGUCCCUUACCUGUGGACAGCGAUGUUUGGCAAGAGCAUCCGCUAUGCAGGCCAUGGAGAAGGAUUUGAUGAUGUGAUCAUUCAGGGGGACUUGGAUGAACUGAAGUUUGUAGCUUUUUACACCAAAAACGAAGAGGUGGUCGCUGUGGCGAGUAUGAACUACGACCCUAUCGUCUCCAAAGUCGCAGACGUCAUGGGGGCUGGGAGAGUGAUCAGGAAGCGAGAUGUGGAGCUCUUCAUCCGUUUUGGCAAAACUGGAGACAUGUCCUGGCUAAGUGGGAAGGGCUCCUAACAGCCCAUGGGAAUGGCUGGCUUUCUACAGACUCUGCAUCAGCCAGAGGGGAGAUGCUUGCCGCACGCCCAUCGGUGACUCUGACCACUUCAGCAUCAGCUUCGUCCCCUACUUCUCUCCCCCCCCGCCGGCUGUUCUCCCCCAACCUGCACCCCCAGGAGCCUCACCUUGGGUGCCUCCGUGCCCAAAGCAACCUGCACUUUACUGGCCAUGGCGUGUCUUCGAACGUCCUGUGGAGCCACCAGAGGGGAAGGGGUCCCUUUGGAGCUGGUUGGCCUCCUGGGGCCAAGCGGGCCAUGGACUUCUGGCUUGCUCCCCCACGAACGGAGCAGGACCAGAAGGAGAAGAGGGGAAGCGGGUCAUUUGCACUUUCUUUGGAUCCGUGUCAAGAGCUGUUUCCGGAAAUCGACCACAAAGACUACGUGUUCCUCCCAGGGCAACCUCUCUAUGGGUUGCCGUGAGCCGCGUUUCUGCUUGCGGCCCCUCGCCAACCACAGUCUGAGUUCUCCGCCUCUGCACUCCACGCCUGCCACAGCCCCCUCGCAGUCCGAGUCACGUGCCCGCAUGCUCCCCGCCCCCCGUGAAGCAGCAGUGAAUGUGGCCAUGCCUGCUCCCAUCACGUGGGCCAGUCGUCACAGCGGUCCUGGAGGGCGCCUCAGAGCAGCUGGGGAUGGAGAGGAUCAGGGCUGGGUGGAGAAGGGGCCGGCGUGACGCUUCAAUGCGCAUGCGCAGAACCCGGACUGGGGGACGUGUAGAAGCGGCACUGAACGCGCUGCUUGAUCAUUCUGACUUUCAUUUAAAAAACGAAGCAAGACCCACGUUUGUUGCCUUGACAGUGGCAGAGACCUGCUUGAAAAGCUGCGGGCAGGACCUGUUGAGAUUUCCCAGGCCAGAGGGGCGGCGAAACACCUUUUGGUGUGAGGAGCAUUGGGGCUUUUCAUCUCUUCUGUGACCAGCCAAAGCAGUAUGAAUUGUGCCCACGAAGAUUGAUGUCGAUCUGUCCAAUAUGCAUAAUUCCAGUUGUGAGACGGGAUGGUUUCGAUUGGGACCCCAGUGCAGGGGAGGGGACAUAUCCUUUGCCCUCCAUGCUGAUUCCCUGACUUGAAUAACCUGCUUAUUAACCACGGAGGGCAAAAUUCAAUGGUGCCCCUUCCCCAGCGAAUUGCAGCUUCAUUCAGGGUGGUGGUGGAUCGAGGCCUCGAUAAAUGAAUACCAACACGACAAAUAUUUAUAUACCACUUUUCAACAGAAGUUCCCAAAGUGGUUUACGUAGAUAUAAAUAAAUAAAAUGUCUGGGAUGGUGUGCUGGGGAUGGAUAGGGCCAGGUGCUCUCCCCCUGCUAAAUUAAGAGAAUCGCCACUUUUAAAAGGUACCUCUUUGCUCAGUUAACGGGACUGGUCCCAAUCCAAUCACUCUUCCCCAGUGCAUGGCUGGUUGGGGGAAAGAUGCCAAGAGUUCUGAUCAUGAAAUUCCCCGGAAGUGGUCCUGACUUUGCGUUUCCCAGGCUUUAAGAUUUACUGGACAUGGUUUUUUCCCCCACCUGGCCACUGCAGGGAAUGAUUUAGGGUGGUGUUUCUUAAACUUGGGUCCCCAAAUGCCACAGGUGGUGAUGGGAGUUGUAGUCCAACAUCCUGGGAGCCACGUUUGAGAACCCCUGACUCAGAGAAAAUCAGAAGUCCUACCUUCCAGUUACCGUUACUGGUGUCUGUCUAUGGUGUUUGGGGUUUUUUUGGUUUUUUUUUUUUAAGAUUGUGAGCCCUUUGGGGACAGGGAGCCAUCUUAUUAAUUUUUUAUUUUUCUAUCUAAACCAUUUUGGAAACGUUUGUUGAAAAGCGGUAUAUAAAUAUUUGUUGUUGUUGUUGUUACCCCCAUGGACAGUGACCCAUAGCUUCAGUGACAACAUUUUUGAAAUCUAAAAUACAACAUUCCAAGUGUGGGAUCUGUAUGUGGCUGGGAGGAGCAGAGGAUUGGGGGCAGAAAGUUUCCUCUUCCCAAGUCAGGCGUUCAGUUUUAGGAGGAACAGCAGCUGUACUCCCUCCUCAAACAGGACUAGCCACAUUCCCAGUCUCUGAUGCUCUCCAUCUCCAAUGCAUAGACCGUAGGGCUGACACCUUCUGUCUUGACAGAGACCCUUUUCCUAUUGCUUGGUGCAUCUGUUGACUUUCUCAUAAAGGAAGAAAGGGGUGAUUUCCCCACCUUGUAUCCCACCUGCCACACAGCUACAGCAGGAUGAUCUGAAAUUCCCACAGUGUCGUACAAAAUGAGCCCAUCUCACAACUCACCCUAUUUUUCUAGGUUGUUAAUAAACUAAUACAAUAAACC